AUGUCCAAGAUGGGGAUUUCGACUAUCGAGAGCUACCGGGGCGCGCAGAUAUUCGAGGCGGUGGGCUUGAACUCCGAGUUCAUCGACCAGUAUUUCGCCUGGACGCCAUCGCGAAUAGGCGGCAUUGGAAUACACGAGAUCGAAUUGGAGAGCCGCAAGCGUCACGAAGCCGCAUUCCAAGAGCUUGCGCUGACAGGCAGUCUCGACCUUGAGACCGGCGGCUACUACCAGUGGCGGCGGGACGGGGAGUACCACAUGUGGAACCCCGACACCAUCAGCCGGUUGCAGCAUGCGACCAAGACGAACAGCUACGAGUCAUACCAGCAGUUCGCGGAAUUCGCGAAUACGUUUAGCCGCAAGCUAUGCACCAUCAGAGGAUUGCUGGACUUCAAGAAGCUGGACACGCCGAUUCCUUUGGACGAGGUGGAGACUGCGAGCGAUAUCGUCAAGCGGUUUGCCACAGGCGCAAUAUCGCUAGGCUCUAUCGGCCGCGAGGCGCACGAGACAAUGGCGAUUGCGAUGAACCGCAUCGGUGCGCGCAGCAACACGGGAGAGGGCGGCGAGGACUAUCACCGCUACACGCCGGACGAUAACGGGGACUCGCGCAACAGCGCGAUGAAGCAGGUGGCGUCUGAUAAAAAGAUGGCGCAAGGCUCGAAGCCCGGCGAGGGCGGGCAGCUUCCUGGGCACAAGAUCGACGACUAUAUCGGCUGGGUGCGUAAUUCUACGCCGGGAGUGGAGCUUAUAUCGCCGCCGCCGCAUCACGACAUCUACUCCAUUGAGGACCUGGGGCAGCUCAUCUAUGACCUGAAGAACUCGAACCCGGUCGCGCGGGUGCAUGUGAAGCUUGUCGCCGAGGCAGGAGUUGGCACUAUCGCCGCCGGUGUGUCGAAGGGACAUGGCGAUGUGGUGCUGAUAAGCGGCGACAGCGGCGGCACGGGAGCAUCGCCGGAAUCGUCCAUCAAGCACGCGGGUUUGCCGUGGGAACUUGGCGUGGCGGAGACGCAGCAGGUACUGGUACUCAACGACCUGCGCGGGCGCAUCGUGGUGCAGACGGACGGGCAACUCAAGACUGGCAGGGAUGUGGCUAUCGCAUGUCUGCUGGGCGCUGAAGAGUUUGGAAUGGCAACCGCGCCGCUAAUCAGCCUGGGCUGCAUCAUGCUGCGCAAGUGCCACCUCAAUACAUGCUCGGAUGGAUACACGGAAGCGGUCGCGCACUGGAAGGCGCAAGGGCUGGACUUCUCGAACCUGCUGCACAUGCCUCAAGUACCUGAGUCGGUGGCGACAUACCGCCGAGAAGAACAGGAUCACGGGCUUGAGAGGGCACUCGACAACAAGCUUAUCGAGUUGUGCGUUGACGCGAUCGAAUCUAAGAAAGCGGUUACUCUCGAUCUGCCAAUCAGCAACAGAAAUCGCACGGUGGGCACUACGCUCAGCUACGAGAUUGCGAAGAGGCAUGGCAUCGAGGCGCUGCCGGAUGACACCAUCACGAUUAAUUUCAGCGGGUCGGCGGGCCAGAGUUUCUCGGCGUUUUUGGCCAAGGGUGUAACCAUGCGGGUGCAGGGCGAUGCCAACGACUACUUCGCCAAGGGGCUGUCGGGCGGCAAGGUGAUUAUCGCGCCGCCGGCUGAGUCAUCCUUCACUCCCGAAGAAAACAUUAUAGUGGGCAAUGUAGUAUUAUAUGGUGCGACGGGAGGAAAGGCGUUCAUUCGCGGUGUUGCGGGUGAGCGUUUUGCUGUGCGAAACAGCGGGGCUGAGACCGUCGUCGAGGGUGUGGGAGACCAUGGCUGCGAGUACAUGACGCGCGGCAAGGUGGUUGUCCUGGGGCCGACGGGUCGCAAUUUCGCGGCGGGCAUGAGCGGCGGCGAGGCAUUCGUGCUGGACGAACAUGGCGUUUUCGAGUCGCUCUGCAAUCCUGAUUUGGUCGGCUUGGAGAGUGUUGAAGAUCCUGCUGACGAGAAAGGGCUCCGGAGCCUCAUCGAAGAACACUAUGAGCAAACUGGCAGCGCAAACGCGCGGCGGGUGCUGGACAACUGGGAUGAGAUGCUGCCCAAGUUCGUUAAGGUGAUGCCUUACGACUACAAGCGCAUAUUGAUGGAGCGUGCCGCUGCGGUCGCCGCAGAUUAA